AGGUGGCCGUACUCUCGAGCCCGGCACUGUGAAAACGCCGACCACAUGACAUGUGUUAGCUCCUUGCUCCUUCAACAACAACAAAUUUCAUCUGUUAAUCAUAAAUUGAUAAAAGCUGGUCUGCAGCUCUCUUCAUUUAUCUAGAUUUGCCAGAUUUGCCUUGAUUCAUAAAAAUGAAAGAACCCAUUAUUUCAAAUUGCGAGAAGGCCUUCUUGUUAGAAGCGAUAUCCGAAAGCAGGCGUCUCGAUGGUAGAGGAAUGUUUGACUAUCGGGACCUCAGCAUCAGAUUUGGCAAAGACUAUGGAUGUUGCGAAGUCUCCAUGGGGCAAACAAGGGUGCUGGGCCAGGUCUCUUGCGAAAUCCAGCAACCAAAGGCGACGAGACCCAACGAAGGGCUGUUGCUCAUCAAUGUAGGUCUCUCGCCGAUGGGUGCUCCCCAUUUUGAGACGGGCAGGCAGUCGAUCUCUUCCAUCCAACUGAAUAGGCUGCUAGAAAAGUGCAUCAAGGACUCUAAAUGCAUUGAUUUGGAGUCCCUCUGCAUCGUGGCAGAAGAAAAGGUGUGGUGCAUUCGGCUAGAUUUGAACAUUCUGAACCACGAGGGAAACCUCAUUGACUGCGCCUCGGUGGCUGCGCUAGCCGCUCUUUCACAUUUCCGCCGACCUGAUGUGGAACUGACCAGCGAGGGACUUAUAAUUUAUGAGGCAGCAGUAAAGGAGCCAAUUCCCCUUGGAAUCAAACACACGCCAAUUUGUGUGUCUUUUGCCAUAUUUAAUAAAGGGAAAAACAUAGUAGUUGACCCUUCUGAAUUAGAGGAACGAGUGGCGGAGGCAGAGUUCACACUGGGAGUGAAUGGGUACAAAGAAUUGUGCGGGGUGCACCUGAGUGGCAGCACCCAGUCAGGCCCAACAAUUGUGAGGCAGUGCGCCAACAAGGCCCUCAAAAGAGCUGUGAGUGUGGUCGCUCUGAUUAAGGAGACUCUGGCUAAAGACUCAGAACUGAGAGGAAGUAAUACAGAGAGGGGAUUUGUGGAGUGUGUCCGGCAAGGAACUAUCACCUCUCAUGGCACCCCAAAAAUUUGCCUUCCCAUUAAACACAAGCUUCCUGUUGAAACUAUGGAAGCUAGCCAUGAAGAUGAAAGUAGUUGUGAUGAAGUUGAAGUCAUCGGCUCUGGAACUGUAGAGCUGAAAAACUCGUCAGUUUUGGCGACGGACACUGCUGAACAAGUGAUGGAAGUUGAAGCAAAGCCAAAAGUUGAGGAAAUUUCUCUGUCAGACGAUGAAAAUGAGGUUCAAAUUCUCUCAGAUUAGCAAAACUUUCAGUUUAAUUUAAAGCUAAAUUAAGUAGGGAAUUAAGACCAAUUGUUGAUGUAAUUCAAAGCUCAAAGAUCACACUUCUGCUAAUUUAUGUUGUACUGAAUGAAUAAAUUUUUUAAAUCAAUGUGA